CCGUAAUCCAGACACAAUAAAUAAUAAUAAUAAUAAUAAUAACAAAUAAUAUUAAUAUUAUUAAUAUUAAUUAUUAAUUUCUCGCGACGAUGUCGAUGUGUAAAUGAAACGGUACGGGCCGUGUCUAAGUCAUCUUCGAAUCUGUUCAUUUUCAUAAUUUCGCGUUGGCGGUUCUCACGUCAACUCGCCACCAUGGUAGUCGGCUGUUCGGGUCACUGUAGUUGAGUGUAGAAAGUGCGACACGAACGUUUUUUAUGCCGAUCCGUUUGGCGGCCGAUCUACUACCGACAUAUGACGAUAUGACAUGUGUGCCGGGCCAGUGACGACGGUUCGGUGAUCGUGUCACUAGCAGUGACCCGCCGCCCGAUCGCUCGGUGUCCAUAGCUAUUGAUGUGUUUGCACGUCAUGAUGUCAUCGAGCACAAAUCGAAUGAUACAGCCCAGGAACCUGGCUUCGAUAUUGAUGAAAUUGCACGGUGCGUUCGCUGAAGCCAUUACAUCGCCAAAAGCUUCUAUCGAUAAGCGCACGCUAGAGAAGACAUGGAAACUGAUGGACAAGGUUGUGAAACUGUGUCAACAUUCCAAGAUGAAUCUGAAGAACUCACCUCCAUUCAUUCUCGAUAUAUUGCCAGACACCUAUCAGCGACUUAGGUUCAUUUACACACAAUAUGAGAAUGACCUUUCUGAGCUAUACAACAAUGAGCAUUUCAACGUAUUUAUUUUGAAUGUGAUACGGAAAUGUAAACAAGCCAUUAAAUUGUUCAAAGAGGGCAAGGAGAAAAUGUAUGAUGAAAAUUCACACUAUAGGAGAAAUUUGACAAAAUUGAGUUUAGUGUUCAGCCAUAUGCUCAGUGAGCUCAAAGCGUUAUUUCCAAACCAUAGAUUUGCCGGUGAUAAGUUUAGGAUAACCAAAAGUGAUGCUGCAGAAUUUUGGAGAUCUAACUUUGGAAUUAGCACUGUAGUUCCUUGGAAACUAUUUCGUAGUGCCCUUAAUGAUGUUCAUCCGAUUGUCAGUGGAUUAGAAGCAAUGGCGCUCAAAUCAACAAUAGAUUUAACAUGUAAUGAUUACAUAUCAAAUUUCGAGUUUGAUGUUUUUACCAGAUUAUUUCAACCUUGGCCAACUUUAUUAAGAAAUUGGAAGAUAUUAGCUGUUACGCAUCCAGGAUAUGUUGCAUUUUUAACAUAUGAUGAAGUUAAAGCUCGUUUAGAAAAAUUUAUCACUCGUCCAGGGAGUUAUGUAUUCCGUCUUAGCUGCACACGACUAGGACAAUGGGCCAUUGGUUAUGUGACAACUGAAGGUGAAAUAUUACAGACUAUUCCUCAAAAUAAAUCUUUAUGUCAAGCAUUAUUGGAUGGCGCACGUGAAGGAUUUUAUCUCUAUCCAGAUGGACAAAAAGGAAAUCCAGAUCUAUCAAACGCCGUGGAACAAAGUCCAGAAAAUCAUAUCAGAGUUACACAUGAGCAAUACGAAAUGUACUGUGAAAUGGGAUCUACUUUUCAAAUAUGUAAAAUAUGCACAGAAAAUGACAAGGACGUUCGCAUUGAGCCAUGCGGUCAUCUUUUAUGCACACCAUGCCUAAAUUCUUGGAUGGAGUCUGAUGGUCAGGGUUGUCCAUAUUGUCGAGCCGAAAUAAAAGGUACAGAACAUGUUGUGGUAGACCCAUUUGACCCAAAGAGAGUCAAGUAUAAAAGUGUUCCCAUCAUGCCCAUUGUAGUACAACAUUCUGAUGACGAAGAAGAAGAUGAAGAUGACGAGGUGGUGAAAUAACAUACGGUGUCGUCGUCAUCGGCGACAUUUUUCCAGCAAGAAAAGUAUGAUAGUAAUAAAUAAUAAUAGUUAAAGAAAAAAAAAAGUCAUCGAGACUAUUUUACUGUGAUAUCACUUUGUAGACUUAUUUUAAUUUGUCUGCAUUGAAUAUUUCAAUUUAAAUGUAACAACAAAAUUCCCAUUGGCGAUAUGUAUGCCAAUAGGUAUUUUUUUUCGUAUGUGAUAACUAAUAUAUCAAAUAAAAUAUUCGAAUAAAAUGUGAUAGAAAAUAAGAAGAGUAAAAUAUUUAUAUAUUAAUUAUAUUUUUUAAUUAAAUCAAUGACAGUAGGAUAUAAUGCGAUUGAGUAUAGUGAUAACGU